CUCUGAUUCGACCCGGAUGUGGUUCUUGUGCUUGCUGCACGUUGUUGAGUAGCAUGACCAGCAGCCCAUGCUGGAUGUCAGAGGUGAUGUCUGUGGAAAUGAAGGAAGUUUCGGUGAGUUCAGCGGAGCCGCUUCGGCCGGCUGGGAUUCUACAACAGAACCGCGUCUUCCUCGACUUCUUCUGGGACCUGGCUAACCCGGACCAGGAGGUCCGGCUGCAGGCGGUGGAGAACUUGAUCCAGUACCUGAAAACAGAAAACAAGGCUGAUGAGUUGGAAUACACAUUUAAAAGGCUGGUGGAUGGCCUUGCCCACACCCGGGAGACGGCCCGACCCGGGUUCAGCCUGGCUCUGGGACAGGUGUUGAGUGCCUUUGAAGACAUUUCCCUGCAGAGCAUACUUGACAAAAUCAAAGAAAAACACAACUUACAGGCUGCAAAAAGGAAACUUGCCAGAAAUGCCAUGUUUGGGAAUCUGUUUGGCGUCAUUGCCCUCCAUCAGUCGGGACGCCUCGUCAAAGAACCCCAGGUGGUGCUGGGAUGUGUGCAGCUCCUUCAGUGUUUGAUCCAGCACAAGCAGCACCUGAAGGACCUGCCCAGCAAAACCAUGACUGACAUCCUCACUGAGAUACCGGAAGAGGUAUUUGAGGAGGUUCUGCUGAGCGCUCUGGAGGCCGACCUGGCAUCGGCCUUCAGGACCCCGGAGCAGAUGCAGCUGCUUCUGGUGGCGCUGCAACACUUCCCACAAGCCCUGAAACCCAAGAAGCUGAAGAAGCUCCUGGACUCUUCCACCAUCAUCAACACAGACAACAUCCCAAAGCUAGUGGAGGUGUUGAAGAUGGCGGCCCACUCAGUGAAGAAGGAGCGCGUCCUCCCCUCUGUGGCCCUGGACUUACUGAAGCUCUCCUUGAAGGAAGACAGUUUCCAGCUGUUCUGGGACAAAGCCAUCACUGAGGGAAUGUUCAAGGAGCCGUCCGGACCGUCACAUUACUUGAGCUACCGUCUGCUGGGCAGUGCCCUCCCUCUGCUGUCCUUAUCCCAACUAAAAGAGGUUUUGUCUGGAGAGGUGAUGAUGCACUACGGCGAACACGUAGUUUCAGCUCAGAAACCGGACCGCUUUAAACUGGCCCCAGAAAUGGACAGCUACGUGUCAGACUUCCUGCAGGGCUGUCAGGACUCUGACAAACAUCUGGUGGUCAUGGUGAGCUUCUCCUCACUGACCAACAACGGUUACCCCGUGGUGCCGACAGUGUGGCGGGUGGUGCAGCACCUGGAGUCGGCAGCUCUGCGGAGCUAUGUGGACUGGCUCAAAGGGACAUUUCUGCAGCCUCAGCCAGACUGUAUGCUGGACAUCAGCACCCGCAAGCAGAAAGACAAAAGCAAAGAGCAGAAAGAGAGCUCGAUAUUCCGCCUGAGGAAAUGGAUCAUCGCUCGCCUCGCCUCGAUCAUCGACAACCAUCAAGUGAAGAAGCAUGAGGAUCUUAUCAUGGAUGUGGCCAGGUUUAUCUUUUUCCAUGCUUUCUUCAGCGCCAAGAAAGCUACUACCUCGGAUAUUCCAGAGACGAGCGAAAAUCUUUCUAUCCCACUGGACGACGAAACCAGAGGAGCCCUUGUUAAUUCAUUCUUUGGGCUUCUCAUGUCCUUGCACCACAUGCCUCUCAUUGACGACAGCAGAGCUGUCAAUCAGAAGCGAUCUGUUGGUGUAACAGCAGAUGGCACCAUGUGGAUCUACCACCUGGUCCAGUAUGCUCAGCUGCUGCUCAGCCAUCCCAAACACGUCCAAAGCGUUCAGCCAUUCAGCGCUGAGCAAAAACAGGCCUGGGACGGUAUGCUACAGUCAGUGGCGAAUUUGAAAAGAAAAGCAAAGAAAGGCCUGACGACGCAGAGUGCUGCAUUUCAGCAGCUCUUCCUGCUGAUUGGCAUGCUCCUCUUCAAGGCUCCGGAUGAGGUGCUGGACAUCUUGAAGGACCUGCAGAACUGCAUUGAUAAAGCCCAGGAGAAGAAAACCAGCAAGAAGAAAAAACAACAAGCUAUGGAGAAGGAGGAGCCAGAGUGGGUGGAGGUGAUGGUCGACAUCCUGCUGUCCCUGCUUUCCCAGCAGAGCCGACACAUCAGGCAGGUCUGCAGGACGGUCUUCAGCUCCAUCUGCCCCCACGUAACUGCAGCAGCACUGACUGCCAUUGUAGAUGUCUUGGACCCAGACCAGGAAGAUGAGGAAGACAGCGCUGUAGUCGUCACUGACGACGGAAACAAAACACAAAAGAAACUGAAGGAUGAUGAUGACGAGGAACAAGAUGAAGACAUGGAGCAUAAUGAGUCAGAGGACGGCUCUGAUGAGGAGAGUGAGGAGGAGGAAAAAGAGAUGGAGGAGGGAGAAGUGGACCAAAACUUUCGCCUUGAGUUAAUGAAGGUCCUCCAGCAGCAGAAUGCUCUGGCCACAGAGGAGGACGCCAGCAGCGAUGAAGAUCUGGAUGAUGAAGCUAUGAUGCAGCUCGAUAUGAGCCUGUCGGCGCUGUUCUCAGAACAAAAGAAGAAGAUUCAGGCAAAGAAAAAUGAGAAGAUGAAGCUACAGAAAGAGAGGGUUCUGGUCCGGGACUUUAAGAUUAAGGUGUUGGACCUGGUUGAGGUGUUUGUGGCCCGGCAGGCCGGCAGCCCUCUCAUUCUGGGUUUAGUGGAGCCACUGCUAAACAUCAUUGACAGAGGAAUGAGUUCUGGGAGUGAGCAGCAGGAGCAGGACUUCCUCCGCAGAGCAGCAGAUAUCUUCAGGAACCAUUUGUGCAGGUCCAAAGUUUACUGCAGGACUGCCGGUGACAGGCAGGGGGAGCUCCACGACCUGCUGGACAAACUGAUGGGCAAAGCCCAGAAGCUGUCAGACUCCUCUCUGUGUCUCUACUACUUCAGUGCGUCUCUUUAUGUGGUGAAGGUGCUGCGUGGCGCUCCAGCCACUGAGAACAAAGAGGAGUCUACAGCUGACGGAGCAACAGCAUCAGUAAAUAAUCCGAAGUUUAUGGGGAACGUGGAUGUGGAUCGGGUGUCGAGCCUCUUCAGAGAGGCUCUGAUCUCUUUCAUGAGCCGGAGGAAGAGCCCUCUGACCUCUCAGAUGUUCACCGACCUGUUCACCAGAUUCCCUGUUUUUUGUGUGAACCUCCUGGAUACGGCUGUGCAGCACAUCACAUCAGGACUCCGGGAACAUCAGCAGUGUCAAGCGUGUGUGUUGGUCCUGCGGGCGAUGCAGAGCAAAGACAUCCAGCAGCUUCUGAGCACCUAUGAGUGGACCCAGCUCUGUGAGAAGGUAUCAGCGCAGCUGGUUUUGAGUCUGGGUCAGGUCGGCCAAGCUGAGAGCAAGGUGGCCAAAGAGAAGCUGGUCAAAACCCUGGAGCUCUGUCAGUUUGUGGUCAAGCACAUUCACCAGCAGAAAUUGUUUGUGGACCUGGAACAGCUAAAGAAGGCCCUGCAGUCCCUGACCAGCAAUGUCUCGUUCAAGAAGACGGGAAAACUGCAGGACACCUACUGGGCCGUGAUGAAACACUUAGGAGUGAUGAAGCCCAAAGUUAACAAGACAAAACCCAACAAGGACAGUGAGCAGGAGGCCGCUCCCAAGAAGAUCAAAGGUUUCCUGCCAGAAACAAAAAAACGUAAAAAGUGCAACAAGCCUGUUUUGGAGCCAGCGGGGGAGAAGUCGGCCCCGGCCACCAAGCCAGGGGAGCAGAAAGGAAUGGCCAAAAAGAAACAAGACAAGAAGACUAAACAGAAACGACCGGCCGAUGGUUCUGCUGCUUCACAGACCAACCCGGCCAAGAAGAGCAAAACGCAACCUGACAGGAAAGCUGGCAAAAAGAAACCCAAGCAGAAGAAGGGAGGAGAGGAAAUAUAAUAUAAAUUGAAACAGAAAAUAGCAUUUUAAAUGAAAGCUUUUUGUUUCUUUAUUGCUACCACAUCAGGUUGAACUGUAUGUUUACUCCAAUAUUUACAAAAUAAAAAGUGAUUUGUAGGAA